CUGUGGUGUCAAUCAAUGUAAAAAAUUCCGAAAAUUUAUUUUUAACAAAAUUUUAUCAAUAUGACAAUGAAAGAUGUUACUUAUUUAAUAUUCAUUUUUGUUACAAAUUACGUUACAUCGGCACCUAUUUUCGGCUCAGAUCAAUGUAUAAGUAUUUGCAAAAAUGUAAAAUUACCUACCUUGGAUUUGGCUUUUUAUGAGCAAGUAGUUUGUCAAAGAGGAUGCAGAUUCUUUAAUAUAAUCAAAUUUAAGGAUAUUCCUAAUAUUAAUCAGACAAAAAAAGAAUGUCACAUUUCGUGCGAAGAAUCGUAUAUUAUAAACGAAGAAAAAGAUAUAUGUCAAACAGGAUGUAAUCUUAUGGCUAAAGAACAAGAGAGUUUCAUUUCAACAUUUUUGAUCGAGACAGAAAACAGUAUUGUGUUGGCAAGUCCAGACAGAGAAAUCGAGUUAGAUUUACUUUCAGAUCCCAGUAUCAAAAGUCAGUUGGAAAUUGGAUUUAAUAUUGAUUAUAAAAUCCCAGCUACUAACAUUAGAACCAUGCCUAUUGAAAUAGAAGAAGAAUUUAAGGUUAAAGAAACUGGUGACUGGUUGGAUUGCGCCUCAAGGAACUCUGGCAUACCAAGAUGGAUACUGCUUUCCGCCAUUUUAUCAGCUGUCUUAAUUGCCCUAUGGCUGAGUUUCUCCACAGAAAAACGAAACGGCUCAGAAGAAGAAAUCCAAGAAAUUGACAUACCUGAUGAAAAAUUACUAAUAGCUAGUGAUGAACUGUCAUUAAUUAAAGAUGAAACUAUUUUAGAAUCAGGACCUGUAUUUCCUAAUGCUGCUAACAAGGAGGCACCUCCUAAAUAUACUGCAAGAAGUGAGGAAGUCUAAAUGCUGUAAACUUUGAUUUUAUUUAAAAAAAAAAUAGCCAGUAGUUCUCUUUAUUAUAAUCUGAUAUGGAUGGUGUUAUUUAUUUUCUAUAUGAGUUGCAGGGGAAAUAUGUGUGCAUGAUGCCAUUUCUGUACUAAAGUCAAAUAUUACACAAUCAUUUUUGUAUUGGUAUAAUCUAUUAUUAAGCAAAGUAUUUUGUAUGUGUUUUAUUAUGUGCCCUCAAAUUUAUCUAACAGCUAUUUUUAGAUAUUAAAUGGGUUUAAAAAGAGAUUUACAUAUUGUACACAUAAUUCUAUUUCUGCAAAUUUUACAUUUUACAGGCAAUGUGUGCCAUCUAAAAAAUUGAUCUCGAAACCAUUUCUUGGAAUAAGGAAUGGUUGAACUGUACUGAUUGUUGUUAUUGUGCUUGUUUAUUGGGCUAGUAUCAGUAAAGUAAACAAACAAUUUGUUGAUUUGCUCCAUGAUUGAAAACUGUCUUAAUUCUGACGUUCAAUACUCUCUGAUUACUAUUAUAUUAUUGAUUAUAAUCCUGUGGAUUUUUGUUUAUCCAAUAAAUCUUUCUAGAUGUAAUAUUUACUAUUAUUGUGAUUUUUGAAUUUACCAAAGUAAUAAAGGUAACUUGUAAGCAAUGUAAAGUGAAUGUUGUUUGUAACUGAAAAUGCUCUGUGUAAGAACAUGAAGUUUGUUGUUUUAAAUUUAGACUUCAAAUUAAUAAAUCAAGUAAAUUAUUUAA